AUGCCGCGCAGCGGACCCAUCAUCUGGUCCGAAACACGCCAGGAACUCUGCGAGAGUCUCCCUUACUACCGUGCGUACCAGACUGGCACGUACGUCACUGGCUCGCUCGGCGCACCACCAUCGACCGCGGCCGCCAAGCUCCACCCCGCCUCGUCGGUGCUCAAGGACUCGAUCCCUUACGGCUACCUGCUAGCCGGCUGGCCGUCACGACGCGAUGCUUGGGCGUACAAUGGCCGCGUCAUCAUCUCGCACGGCGGCGGCAAGAGCGAGGUCGCCGACCCUGCCGGUGCGAGCACCACCAAGAAGGCCGCGCUCAAGCAGGAUCAAUCGGCCAACGACAGUGUGAUCCGCGCGCUGCUGCAUUCGUCUCGCCAUCGGCUGCCCAUCGUGCUCAUUGCUGCAGAGGCGUAUGCGCUGCUGCCAUUCCGACUGCCAUGCUCGUACGCCGUGCUCGGCUGGUACGUCAUCACCGACUGCUGGGCGGAGCGCGAAGCGGCCGAGGCCAAGGACGCCGAGCAGCCGUCUGCGUUCGUACGCUGGAAGUUCCGCUUCGAAUGGAUCCCCGCACAGGGCGAGCCGUGGUGGGAGCUUCGAGACGAUGCCAGGCAGGCCGACUGGGACCCGCGUCAGCGCGUCGAGCGGUUCAGCGCCGCCCAGCGUCAGAUGGCCAAGCCCAUGCGCGGUAGCAAGCGCAAGCAUGCUACGUCGACCUCGUCAUCUGACGCCGAGCUGUCGUCAUCGAGAUCAACCCCUGCAAAGCUAUCGGUCCUGGAAGGCUUCGACGAAAGCGAGCGUGACCACCUCCUCUAUGGACCCGUCAAGCCGUCAGCCACGCUCGUGUCGCAGUUCGCCGCCACGCCCGCAGGCGAGUCUCCGUGCAACGUGGCGCAGUCGGCCAGCUGUCGUCAGUGCCGCUUCGCGAGCCCGACCGUGUACGACACGGGCUGGAUGUGUCUGCGUCCCGACUGCCCGCUCUUCUUCCUCCUCGCUUCCUCCGGCAGGUCUCCUCACGAAUCAACACUCGGCUUUUCGCUCGCCUUUCUGCAGCCGCAAUCUGCAGCGCUCGACGUGGCGUUCCCCGGUGGCGCGCCGCCAUUCUCGCUCAUCCCGCGCCGCCCCUCGUCGCGCUCGAUGGACCAGGCUCGCGGGCUGUGGUGCAGCAAGUGCGGCCGUCUGAGCUGCCGCGAAGUCAUCUUCCGCCCGUGCUGUGCGCACUGCGGCCACGCCGUGGGCAAGUGGAAGCCCUGGCCCACCGUGCCGCCUCCCACCCUGGCGCGAGAGUUGUGGCCAUCGCGCGGCGAGGCGGUGUUCUUCGACCCCGUGGUGAGCAAAUCCUCGGGUAUCAAGCUGGGUGUGCGCAGGCACGCUGGGCUGGUGGUGUACUCGUUUGCGUUUCCCGACACGUUUGGCGACUGCGCCGUGCACGUCGUCCAGGCGGAUGUGCACGCUGGCGCCCAGGAAGACGUGGCAGACCGACUGUUCAGAGAUUUCCAGCAUCACGCCUGGCCCAAAGACGUCGACGAGGAGAAGCAAUGCAGCAAGAAGCGGCGCAAGAUGCCCAAACCUUCUCCGGCGGUUUCAGCGGUUGACGACGCAGAAGGCAAAAACAACGCGGGCGUGGGCACAAAGCUGGUGCCGUUUCGGCGGCACGUUCUGACCCACCACGGAUGCGGCUCCGGACGCAUGCUGACACAGCAAUUCACCUGCAACUACGGCGUGGCGUACAAGCACGUUGUCGCCAUGGGCACGGAACCGCUCGACGCAACCUCUCCCGCGGUGAUCACCUCGACGCUCGACCUACUGCACACACGCACGCGCGCGGUCCUUGCCUCGUGCGCGGAUUUCAACGAGCUGUACCCCGUGUUGUAUCUGGAGCAUCAGGCCAUGUCGUUUCACGACGAUGGCGAGCCAGGUCUCGGGUCUGUCGUGUCGUCUCUCUCGCUGGGCUCGACGUGUCGGAUGCGGUUCCGGCUCAAGGCGAAAUGCGCUGCAGCGUUCGAUGUGGCACCGCGCGACCGCGUCGUGCUCGAUCUGCCACUACGCCAUGGAUGCGUGGUGGUGCAAGAGGGCCACGACCUGCAGAGGUACUUUGAACACUGCGUCGACCCGCAAGGUUUUCGAAUCGCCAUCACCGCGAGGAGGAUCGACGCGACUGAAAAUGAUGCCACCAACCAACCCCGCGGCAAAGCUGGGUCUUCUGCGUCGUAA